CAUCACAAACACUACUACGUACACAUCUCGCCGAGAGCGCUCAGGAGAAGGAGGAGGAGUGCAAUUCACACAUGCUGGACUACUAGGAGUAUGAAUGACCGCAGCACGGACAGCUCCUUGCACGCCGGACGCAGUGCCCCUCUCCACACCCUCGCCCCUCCUGCGCGCCCAGUCUUUAGGGCAAUAAGGCACGGUGUAACCGGGAGCUGGUGAUGGCGGACCCUGCCCAAGUAAAAACUGAAGUGGGGCCGGAGAUGGCGGAGGGUACGACCGAGCCCCCGCACACAGACAGCGAGGAUGCACCGCUGGCUGAGCCGGGAGCCGCGGAGUCCCCCGCCACCGCAGCGCAGCAUCCUCAGGACACCAAGGAAGACGACAAACCGGACGCGGGUCCCGGCGAUGAGGGAGAGGCGUCCCUGGCUGGUCACCCUCUGCCGGCCAAGAAGAUGAAAAUUGAGCCCGAAAAGAAGAAAGAGAAGAGGCACAAGGUGGACGAGGACGAGAUCCAGAAGAUGCAGAUUUUAGUUUCCUCCUUUUCAGAAGAGCAGCUGAAUCGUUACGAGAUGUACCGGCGAUCCGCUUUUCCAAAAGCUGCAAUUAAAAGGCUGAUCCAGUCUAUUACCGGGUCUUCGGUCUCCCAGAACGUGGUCAUCGCAAUGUCUGGAAUUUCCAAGGUCUUUGUUGGGGAGGUAGUCGAGGAAGCUCUGGACGUGUGUGAGAAAUGGGGGGAGACCCCGCCACUCCAGCCGAAGCACAUGAGGGAAGCAGUAAGGAGGCUGAAGAACCGGGAGCAGAUUCCCAACACCAAAUACAAGCGCAUCCUGCUCCACUAGGUGGGAAUCUGGGAGAGCUGUCCCGUCUUUUGACAGACUUUGUGUCGACAUUGCCUCUCCCUAAGCCCCUGUGGGACAGAGAGCCCGAGACCGAGGGAGAACAGCGGUGCAUCGCCAGCAGUCCCUGCUGUCCCGUCCUGAACUGGUGUGCGUUUUCAAGGCGGGCACCUCGCACUGUGGUCUAGAUCUUGUUCUGCCAGCGGUUAUGGAUUAGAUUCUCUCCCUUGCUCGUUCUCCCAACUCUCUGCACCGUGGAAAUAAAACAGCUCCAUAUCCCCAGAAAAGUCCCAGAACAGGCCUGAUGAAGGCAGGUGGACUGAGAGGGUAAAUGCAGCUUUCUGCCAAAACUGCUUUUAUUCCAGUGAGCUGGCUGAUUUCCAGAACUCUACCCUGCACAUGGAUGGCUUUGUAAACCAUCAUCUUCUGUUCUGCCUAAACAGCUAAAAUGAGACGUCAAGCAGAUGUGUAAUGUAAGAUUGCUGUGUAAAACGUUGAAAGAUGCCAACCAGUUUAAGCUUUAUGCUGUACUAAAUAUAAACAGUGAAAGCUUACUAUUUACCAGUAAAACCCAGUUAAAAUUCUCAAUUAUGCUUAAUUGAGGAAAACAAGUGUCCUACUUCAAUUUUCCAGUUAACCAAAACUUUGUUCAGAAAUGAGCAUGUUUUUCUCUGGAGUAAAAACUGAGUUACCCAGUUA